AUGGAGAGACCCAACUCACGUGGGCCUGAAGGAGGACCUGGGGGCAGUGGGGAAUCCUGGGAAAGAACCAGACAUGAGUCCCUGAGUGUGGACCUUGACAGCUCGGACACACAGCGCCAGCGCUUCAGGCAGUCCUCCUACCAAGAGGGUGAAGGACCCAGAGGGGUUUGCAGUCGUCUCCACGAUCUGUGCCGCCAGUGGCUGAAGCCAGAGCAGCACACCAAGGCCGAGGUGCUGGACCUGGUGACCCUGGAGCAGUUCCUGAGCAUCCUGCCCCCAGAGAUGGGGAGCUGGGUCCGAGAGUGUGGGGCAGAGACCUGUUCCCAGGCGGUGGCCCUGGCAGAAGGCUUCCUCCUGAGUCGGGCCGAGGACAAGGAGCAGGAAGGACAGGUGAGAGCAUUCCCUCUGGGUUUCACUAACCUGGGGACUGAUGGACAGGUUGAACGUACAUCCUGCCUUUCUUCCAAGAUGGGACCGAUGUGGGGGAUAAGCAAGGCCCUGCUCCCUCGGCCUCUUUCCCCACCUGCUCUGCCCCUCCAUCUCUACCCUCAGCUUGGUUGAUGCUCUGCUCAAGAUAGAACAUAGACAAUGAUGGGAGGGGGAGGGGGGCAUUGGUUCCAAACUAGGUUGCCAUCUCAGAGUUAUUCUUUCCAAAAAGGUCUAGAGGUCUGUGAUAUUUCUGAACUUUUCCCAAACUCCUUCUGGAAUGCUCUGUGCUCUUCCAGGCCCAUAAUAAUAACUCCAUGGAAGUCCCUGCACCAGAGGAAUCUCCACCAGACACCACCCAGAGUCUCAGGCAGAAGGAGCUGAAGCGGGAAGGAGACGGGGCUGCCGCCUUGCAGGGUGAGAAGGAACUCUUCUGGGAGUUUUGGGGUUUUGUGCUUCAGGGGGAUGAUAAAUAAAUUAAAUUAUUGUUGGA